GGCAGCUUUCGGCACGUGCGGCCGUUCCGGUUCGGUGGAAGUAGUACACACGGUGGUAGUGUGUGGUGUCGUUUGCUCGCCGACCGAAUUUUGCUACCGCCGCGGAAUCAAUAAAACCGCACCGUGAACGUAAUCUAAUUAACGCCAGCUCUUGUCGACGUGUCAGCAAGCGGACCGUUUAUCAAUUGUAAGCUUUUGAGGUCUUGACACUUUUUUGGGGCGUAGGGUACACAUUAGCUGGCUUCCGCUAAAGAAAGCCCCUUCAAGACAGGUUAAAUGUAUCACCAGUGCCAAAAGCAGUCAUCGAUUAUAGAGCUGGGGAGCCGCGCGUAGUGUCCAAGGUACUGGCGCUUGCAGACAGAGUGUGUACUGGAAGUAGGUGUCGGUUUGUCGGGAGUGUUGGUUCUGGGCAUUUUCAUAUUCAAACCGUUUUUUUUUUUUUAAACAGUAAACUGAGGUUGUGUUAUUAGAUAGGCUAAAGCCGAUUGCUAAGUCUUGUCGUGUUGUACGUGUCUUGCAGUUGUGGUGUAAUGGAUAUACCGCGUUGCACUGAUAAGGGUGUUUUGUAGCCAGUAGGUCGUUGGAAGCAUGUAGCGUAAUGUUGUGUGGACUUUUACAGCAAUAUUUAGAUUUUUGAAAAGCUAAAACUGAUAAUAAACAUUAAGAUUCAAGACAUCAACAGAAGGGUUUCAAGCAAGUAAUAAUUCCCGGUGCAUAGAAGAAGUCUUUCUAUGUUUCUGCCUUUUCACGUGUUUAGCCAUUGGCCUGUGUAUGUGUAUGUGCUAUGCCGCAUUGAGUGCUUAAAUGAACAGUGAGUAUUCAUUUGUUACUUGAACGCAGUCGCAUCCAAGUUCUAGUCCAGUGUAGAGUUACACUUCAAGAAGCCUUACGCAUUGAGCAUAGCAUUUUGUGUCGCUGGAGCACGUUGAAUAGCGUAGGCAAACGUCUGAGAACACGCAAUAUGACUAUUGAAACUUUUAAAAUUCCCUCAAAACAGAACGUAUUGAGAGGAACCCUUCAAAUUGAACCAUUAUUUCAUGAAGUUUCGUGCAAUUGAAACAUAGGACGGCUACCGUUUCAAACAGAUUAGCCUUGAAGGAGUUCAGCCACACCAAUGUUCGUUAUCGUUCACCUGAAUAAAGCGAAAUCAUGUAAACAUUUCGCGGAAUCACGUAACCAUUGAAUCUUUAUCGUUCGUUCGGGGUUGUGGCAAAAAAAAACAGGUAUCUUAUCAUGUUCGCUUGCGCCGACAGUACGUCAUCGGUGGCACAUUGCUAGGGAAGUCUGUGUUUGAAGUGGAGCUGAGAUGAGAUCGAACCGCACACACACAACUGCCGCGGACGUUUGAUUGCAAGUACACUGGGGCUACCGCAAAUGCAUGCCAUGGAGCAAACGAGCGCCAUCAUUCCACACGACUAUCCGGAACCGGUCGCCACCGACAGCUACAUCAUACCGACGCUCGGACUCUACCACGGCUCGUUCGUCUUCACCUAUCUGUCCACCUUUCUGUCCUACAUUACGCCGUACGAUCUGCCAGUAGUCUACUGCAUUCUAGAGCUGCUGCGCGAUGCAUUCCACACGAAGGUAUCCUUUCUGCAGCUGAUACUGGAGGCCCUCAAGGUUGAGUCGGGCUACAUCUGUCUGAUAGCGAUCUUUUUCCUGAUCUCGCUCAUACCGCUCUGCUACACGAUCGCGUGGGGAUGUGCGAAGGAACCGGACGAUGAUCUGAAUCCCGGCCCGACCGUCGAUGCCAUCAUACAGGCGGAGGAGCUAUCGCUCGAGGAGUCACUGCACUGUCGCAAAAGUUUCCUCGGUCUAAUGCUGCAGGUCGUCAUACUGCUGCUGAUUGCCGGUGUCAUAGCAAUGUUUGUGACGAACGAGCAGAUUGCCUCGGCCGUCGAUCACACGCCCACCGUCGUGCGGUCUUCAUUGCUCGAUGCGGCCACGUAUCUGCGCGACGCCGAAUCGCAAAUGCGGUUCGUCAUCGCGCAAGGGCUUGCCACCGCGACCGAGCGCAUACGGAACGAUCUCGAAGCCGUCGACAAGCUGCUGGGCGAACCGAUUCAGCACCAUCUCGCACUGUUUACCGGCAUCGACAUCAUCUUCGAGUCGAUCAUUGAGAUUAGCACGAGCAGCAGCAACCUGUCGCGCCGUAUCCAUCUGCUGCAGGAUGCACUGGCCCGGGCGGCCAAGAUCUCGUACGAGGCGGAGUAUCGGCUGGACGAGCUGCAGAUACAGCUGACGGUGCUGCAGCGCCAGUGCACGUUUCGCGAUCGGCCGCUUUGUGAUACGCUGCGCAUCAGGAACUUCGAGGACACGGGGCUGAUCGACCGUAUUCGGAAGCUGCAGGCGGAUCGAACGCUUGCCAAGCUGAUGGCGAUGGGUGAGGCGAGUCGGAACAGCAGCAUGCAUGCACUGUCGCAGGAGCUUACGCUGGCAAGGGCUACCUUCCGCAACUAUGCUGGAGAGGUGCGCAAUGCUACCGAAGAUCAGGCAGCUCAGGUGGAGGAGCGGCUGGAGGAGCUGAGCAACGAUACGGAAGAGACUGUAAGCGUGCUGUCGCAAACGAUCGGUGAGCUGGUGGGGCAGGUGAACCGGACGGCAAACUUCUCCGACUCGUUCUUCGAUCGGUACCGUGAGAUUGGUGCGAUCUUGUGGUUGGCCGGACUCGCGACCACCAUCAUGACGCUGCUGGUGACGCUCAUUCUGCUGAGUGCGCUUAGCUGUGGCUGCUGUCACGCGGACAAUAAGGCGGGCAUCACGCUCAUCCUCGGCGCUGUUUGCAUCUGUAUUGCAAGCUUAGCGCUGUCGGGAUUCACGAUGAUGGAGAUGUUGCUGGGCGCACAUGGGCAGCUGUUCAUCUGCCAUCCGCUGUACAACGAGCCGGACUACACUGUGCUGCAGAAGCUGAUCGACAAACCGGGACUGAUUUACCCAACCGAACCACAGUACGGCAUCAUCGGAGAGCUGCUGCGACAGGCUGCCCCGGCCGAUGCACGAUGGUCACAGCCGGUACAGAUAUCGCUCUCGAAAGCGCUGAACGAGUGUGAACAGGGUCGCGGCUCGUACGGCACCUUUCAGCUCGAUUCGCUGCUCAAUCUGUCCGCGAAAAUAGAGCACCGCAAGCGGCCCGAGCUUGAGCGCGCGAUUGAGAGUGUGGGCGCUAGCGAGGAACCAUUUCUUGGGUUUACCGUACGCAUCCAGGGCAUACUGGAGGAUAUGCUGUACGACUCGGACCUCAACAUGACGAGCACGCGCAUCGAGCUGACACAACUCUCGCCCGACAAGGAUGUGCUCACGUUCAUCGAUCAGCUGCAGCGCGUAUCGGCCCAGAUCCAGGAUGUGGCCACCUCGAGCCGCAUGACCACACUUGGGUCGCGGGCCAAGCGCUUGCAGCUCUCGCUGCUGGCACCGCUCGAACAGUUGCGCGGUGACAUCGUGUACCAUCUGACCGCGCUCGAGCUGCAGCUAUCGCCGUGGGCCGCGCAGGUUAAUAAAAGCUUGACGCAUCUGCGCAACGCGCAGUCCUUCCUCGACACGGACGCGGCUGAGGUGUGCUACAACCGUAGCGACACCUACCGGGCAAGGUUGCGGGGCCACCUGGACGCUUACCGGAACUACACGACCAUGGUGCUGAACGAUCGAUGUGCAAGCUGUCGACCCCUGUUCGACAUCUUCGAUGCGAUGCGGAUGCUGUUCUGUCACCACAUUAUGGAUCCCAUGAAUGGGCUAUGGUUUUCGGCGUUUCUGUGCCUGUUUCUGUGGGCCGUGGCGACGCCACUGUCGUUAAUGCUUUCCUCCACCUACCGGCGGCUCGAGAUACUGUCGACCAAACUGCAACACUCCAACAGCCAUCGGUACAAUGCACGAGCUUCCGUACGUGAGGAUCAGCGAGAAUCCAGCCACUGGUCGACGCAACGAUCCACCGUCAGUGUUAUGCCGGACAUAGACAGAUCUAAUUGGUAAUCGAUUCCCGCGAGAUGUGUUUAAAUUAUCGUACGAAUAUCCCAUUCCUGCUACCUGAAAAUCGUCUCAUAACCACAUGAAUCUCCCUGCGAAAUCUCCUCCGGGUGGUGAACUAGAAUCUAAGUUUAAGCCACGUGCACACUGCCAUUUUCCGAACCCUCAAUUUGCGUGCAGUACAUGAAAAUAUUCAGGGUGCCCAUAAGGGCGAACCAUUCCCAACAC